CAAUACGAGCUGAAGAAAACCGUCAUCCCAGACCAGGCGGUUCACGAUAUAACUGCGAGAGUCUUGCUUGCACCCACGGAACAGGAAAAGUCACCCCUGCUCGGUCCUGCGUUCGCCCUCCCAAACACUGGGCCCAGAAACGAGUGCCGAUGAUCUAAGCUUUCCACGUCUCUCAAACCACCAUAACAUCUGCCGACCGCGAAGGCGGAUCUCCAUGGAGCAAGCAAAUUGGAUGCCGGCGCAUCUGUUAGGAACACAAAAUGGAGGACCUCCUGACUCCCGUUAGUCAGACUUACUUUAAACCGAGGCACCAGGAAGACCUCAGCAUAUCGAAACUGUCCAGGGAUAGGGAGCUCGUGCGACCUGCCCGCCCGGCCAAUCUCACCUCGAUCCAAGAUGCGCUCGAACUGCUGAAGAGCCAGCCAGAUUAUGAUGCUCUCAUUCUCGCCCUGAAGUUUCUCGCAGAAGAUGACCGGAUAUCGAAUCCCACUCCGGAGUCGGCCCAAGUCAUUCAAGUCUUGAUAUCAGACAUCCUUCUCAACUACUGGCCUCUCCUGAAAGACGGCGAUCCUGAGGGCCUGGAUCUGUUGCUUUCUUGUCUGAGGAACAUCACUGCCGUGAAUGCUCUGAUUACUCGCAUGAAGACCCUGAUUCAAGAGUCAAAGACCACCGGCAAAGGCGCCAAACGGCCAGACAUUGCUCUUGGUCUCGGCAUAGCCCUCCAAGUACUCACAUCUCUCCUCGAGGGCCAUGAAUCUCUCCGGAAACUUUGGUCCUCGACUUGUGUUCAUCUUGACAGUCCUAUGAAACAGAAAGCCAUGGCCCACGAGCUUGUUACCCUCUUCUCAGGAGGCAAGCUCGUCUCUGUGACUGCCGAAGGUCUUGCGAUGGCUCGGGAAAGUGGCGCUGAGAAGGAGGACCGAUGGGUUGCUGAUGGACGUCGAUAUAGCGUCUGGCUUGGGUCGAAUGUUGCAGCCUGGAUAUCCGGUAAUCCAUCAACGAACCAGGACAAACUGUGCUACGAUAUUUUCGUGAGAGCCCUUCGUCUUGGCUAUUCUGAGCACUUGAUCAAACAACUCAUUGAAAGAUUGCUCCUUUCGUCCGGGCACGGAGCCGACUCAUUCAUGAGGCUCGUCGGAAAUAUCUCUCAGCUCGAACAAAAGCGUAUCCUUUACGCUGUCCUGAAGUAUCUGGCCGAGACCUUUCUCAACAAGCUCGGCUCUACUGAUUCUCCCGAGUCACGACGGGUCAUAUCCGGAGCUGCUGCUGUCAUUGAGAAGCUUGUCGGGUCGGAGGAAAGUCGAAAAAACCAUCUCAUAGUCUGGCUAACUGGCUCUACGGGAGCCGGACUAGGUGAUGCCAUUGGUAUCCGGAGAGCCGUUUUAGCUGUUCUGGCCCGAGACAAGGACUCUAUCGGCACUGUUCUCGAGAAGAGCCUUAACCAAUUUGGAGAUCAGCUCUACAUCAGACAUUCGCCCGUUCUACAACAAGAAGCCCAUGCCCAAGUUCUCCUUUUGAGUGCCGGAUAUGUCUAUAGGUCCUCACCCCUGAGGUUGCGGAUGUUGAUGAGAUCGGGGAGCUAUCUCCAUACCAUCUCCAACCGGCUGGAUGCCUCGCAAUCGAGGGCGAAAUUCCUAGGCAUGGCUAUAGGAGAAGCCCUCUCUGCUCUCUCAGACAGCAGUCAGAACAAACUCGAUUUUCAAAUGGAAGAGAUGGACACCCGAGAGGCCAUCUGGUACAAAAGUUUGACGAACACGUCGGACGACAUUGGAACAAUCGAGGACCUCGGCAGAACUCCAACUCCCGAGCCAGAGGAUGCUGGCGCUCACACCUCGAAAGCUACUGGCCCUAAAGCUCCGCCAAGUGCAGCACCCCCGAAGAGAGCGGCGGCGAAAAAGGCAGCACCGCCUAGGACGACGGGUUUCAUCAUCGAAGAGAUAGAGGACUCCGACGAAAGCGACGAAGACGACAUAAUACCCUAUCCAAAGCCGAGCUCUGACCCAGAAGACUCGGACGACGACCCUACCCUUAUCCGUCGCGACAAGCCCAAGGCACCGGUUUACAUCCGGGAUCUCAUCAGCUACUUCCGCGACUCCGAGAACUACGACAAGCAAAAGUUGGCAUUAGCCACAGCCCCCUCUUUGAUCCGGCGCAAGGCGAGCUUUGGAACCGAGGUAAGCAGUCACGCCGACGAGCUUGCGUCCCUCCUGGUUGGCCUCCAAGACAAGUUCGACAUGGAGGGAUUCUCCCAACUCCGGAUUCAGGGAAUGAUCGCCUUAGUUGUCGCUCAACCUGAUAUCAUGGCGCCGUGGUUUGCCAAGACCUUCUUCGACGGUGACUAUUCCAUCGCCCAGCGGGCAUCCAUCCUUGUUGUCCUCGGUCUCAGCGCCCGCGAGCUCGCUGGAUUCGAGACGUCCGAGUACGCCUCCGCGGCAGCCUUCCCGUCUAAGCGUCUUCCUGAACGUUUGGAGAAGUUGUAUAUCGGGUCGUCAGGCGACACCAGUGGCGAGAACCGCCUCCUCUCUUCACCAUCCUCGUCAUACACCGGGUCCGAACUCAAGGCCCUCCCCGCCACGGCACUCGACACCAUCGCUCAGGACCUCGCAGCCUCUUUCCUCGCCCCACUAGCAGCCGGGGCGGCCGACGCAGCUACUGGUCCGGACGCCCUCAAGCUCUCCACCUUCACCUCACGCCUCGCCGCCGUGGGAAACACUAAAGUCGUGUCGUCGCCAACCGCAACCAAAGCCAAAGCCAAAACCAAAGCCGAAACCAAAACGAGACCCCGCAUCCGCUCCAUCCCCAACAAAACCGCCGCUCUCAUCGCCUCCGGCUUCUUCGCGCCCCUGACAGCCCGCUUCCAGCACGUCCUCCGCACCCCGGCCCAACGCCGCCACGCCGUCCUCUUCAACCCCCACCUCCUGCCGCUCUACCUCAAGACCCUCGCCCUGCUCGUCCACGCCGCCGGCCCCGCCACCCUGAGCCUCCCGCAGAUGACCGCCGAGCUGUGGGACCUCCUCCUGGGCGUCCGCGGCCACGUCGCCGGCGACCUGACGAGCACCCACGCCUUACUGGUCGCCCUGGCGGCGCUCCUCGAGGUCAACGACGCCAGCGGGGGCGGGUUGCGGCGGCUGUGCGAGGAGAUGCCGCGCGAGUUUGUCGAGACCCAGGAAUGGGUCGGCGCCGUGUUCAAUGGCACGCGGGGCGAGGACCGCGGCGAGGAGAACGAUGUCAAGAUGCUCGCUGCUGGCGUUCUCGUCACGCUGAGGGAGGCUAUGGAGAAGUACCGCGCUCUCCUGAUGGGGGAUCUCAUUGGUUAGACAUAGGAUUUGGGGGGGGGGGGAUU